AUGCCGGUGGCAGCUUCUGCUAUAUACUUUCUCAAUCUUCGUGGCGAUGUCCUUAUCAAUCGCCUCUACCGUGACGAUGUCGGGGGCAACAUGGUGGAUGCUUUCAGAACGCAUAUAAUGCAAACGAAAGAACUUGGCGUGUGUCCUGUGCGGCAGAUUGGAGGCUGCUCUUUCUUUUAUAUGAGAGUUAGCAAUGUCUACAUCGUGAUUGUUGUCAGCAGUAAUGCAAAUGUUGCCUGUGCAUUCAAGUUUGUUGUUGAGGCAGUUUCAUUAUUUAAAUCUUACUUUGGUGGGGCCUUUGAUGAGGAUGCUAUCCGCAAUAAUUUUGUUUUAAUAUACGAACUUCUUGAUGAGAUAUUGGAUUUUGGUUACCCUCAAAACCUUUCACCUGAAAUCUUGAAGCUUUACAUUACCCAGGAAGGUGUACGCUCUCCAUUUUCGUCUAAGCCUGUAGACAGACCUGCUCCAAAUGCUACUUUACAAGUUACUGGUGCUGUUGGCUGGCGCAGGGAAGGCCUUGUUUAUAAGAAGAAUGAGGUAUUUCUUGAUAUUGUUGAAAGUGUUAAUCUUCUUAUGUCUUCCAAAGGUAGCGUUCUACGUUGCGAUGUAACUGGGAAGAUCCUUAUGAAGUGCUUUCUUUCUGGAAUGCCCGAUUUGAAGUUGGGUUUAAAUGAUAAAAUUGGCCUUGAGAAAGAGUCGCAGAUCAAGUCCCGCCCUACUAAAAGUGGGAAAACUAUCGAGCUUGAUGAUGUUACAUUUCAUCAAUGUGUAAAUCUGACAAGAUUCAAUUCAGAAAAAACUGUCAGUUUUGUUCCUCCUGACGGUGAAUUCGAAUUAAUGAAGUAUCGUAUUACAGAAGGGGUGAAUCUACCAUUUAGGGUACUGCCAACUAUCAAGGAAUUGGGUAGAACUCGCAUGGAAGUGAAUGUUAAGGUGAAAAGUGUGUUUGGGGCAAAAAUGUUUGCACUUGGCGUGGUUAUCAAGAUUCCAGUACCAAAACAAACAGCAAAAGCAAAUUUUCAGGUGACAUCUGGCCGAGCAAAGUACAAUCCAUCUAUUGACUGUUUGGUCUGGAAGAUAAGAAAAUUUCCUGGACAAACUGAGCCAACAUUGAGUGCUGAAGUGGAGUUAAUUUCCACAAUUACUGAGAAGAAGUCUUGGACUCGACCACCAAUCCAGAUGGAAUUUCAGGUUCCUAUGUUCACAGCAUCUGGAUUGCGUGUUCGUUUCCUCAAGGUAUGGGAAAAAAGUGGGUACAACACUGUUGAGUGGGUUCGUUACAUUACAAAAGCUGGUUCAUAUGAGAUUAGAUGCUAG